AUGCCGGUCGAGGGGAGCCGCCGACGAAGGCGCAAAUGGUACGUCCGGCCUCUCCAGGCUCGGAGGCGGAGACUGUGGAGCCGCCGCGGCGGCAGGCCUUGCUGUCAAGCCAGCCGAGGUGCCAGAACUCAGCGCGAUGUAGAGGGCCGAAGGAACGCCAAGCCUGCAGGAGAGGCCGCCUGGGCAACAAAGCCCUCCGGCAGCGAGACCGAGGAGACAACGAGGACGAUGAGCACUCUGGAGCAUCGCCCUCAAACAGGAGACGCACAGAUGAAAGCCAGUCAGGGCAGCCCCUGGGUAUCCCCUGAUGAGGCGGAUAAUGCAUGCGCACCUUCUGUUCAUUUUUCUUCUCGCCAUCCUUCGUUCGCGCUCGACCCUCCUCUUGGGCCUUCACUGUCAGAAUCCGUGUCCCCCCACAGACCCUCAUGCAGGGCUUAUCUGAGUCUUCCAAGUGGAGGAAGUGAGAAACUGGCUGUGCAUGUUGCCUUGUCCACGCAGUCUCAUUCCUGCGUUCGUACGCCUUGCUGCGCCCGCGUUUUCACGCCGUCUUCAUCCUCACUCCGCAACUCGGAGUCCACGCGGGGGCCGCUGACUGCGGCUUCGUGUCCGUUUGUCGGGGCUUCUUCGGCUGAUGCUUCCUGGUCUUCGUGUUCAGUUUCUUGCCGCAGCCUCGCGCGUAGAACUUGCCUGUCCUCCGGUGCUCGCUGCCCCUUUGGCCGCCGCCGUCCUCGUCUCCAGCUUCUUCAGGUGCCUCUUCUGGCGCUUCUUGCCUGCUUGUCUCUCAGCUCUGCAUGGGCUGCGAGUCCUCUAUCUUCGUCCGUCGCUGCAUCUCUAUCGCGCACUCACCCCCUGAGGCAGGCAUCCGGCGGUUUGGAUCUGCCAAGAGAGCCGAGCCGCUGCGCGCCCUGGCCCCCGCCUUCAUCGGUGUCGUUCUCCUCUUCUCUGCGGAAGUGUGUUCAGCACUUCACCGGAGAAGAAUGUUUGUUUUCUCUCCUUUCACCGGGGCGCAGCUCUGCGCUGGCGACACAUCUGUUGGAGGAAUCCAGCACCAAGGGUCAGCGGGAAACGUUCCGGAUCCUUCGGUUGCUUGGCGCCGUCAAGAAGCGACCGGCGUUCGGCCCUCCAGGCUUCCUCGCGCGCGGCGCAAACGCCCCGCGCUCUUCCUUUCUUGCCUCUGCUUCGGCCCCUUCCUCCUCUUCUUCGCCACUUUUCGCGUCUCACGUCGCUCUGUGUAGGUGCCAGGGGGCGGGAGCGGCGGCGUGCGCGAGUCUCGCGUGGCCUCGCCCAGCUACAUCCCAUCCCGCUGUCUUCGCAGGUCCCCCUUCUUCUCUUUCUGCUGCUCGGGCGUCGUUGUCGUCUGCCUCUCCCGCUUCCUGCGGCCUGCUCUCUCCUCUGUUCCCACCUGCCGCCCCCGCUCCUCCGUCCUCGUCGGUGUGCUUCGCAGCCCCGUUUCUCUCGCCAACGCAGUCUCCGUCUGCAACGGCGCCGUUGCCCUCUGCGCCGUUCCAACUCGCGGACGAAGAGGAGGUGUGCGAUGAACCACACAGGGGUCAUCAGAGAGGAAGCCAGAGGCCUGGCGCGGCGGGUGCGAGUUCCAGUGUGUUCGCUGCGAGCGCUGAGUUUGCACCAACAACGGUCAGCCAUUUGGACAUUCAGCAGGCCUCUGUGGAUAAGAAACCACCGACUAACUGCGCGUCGCCAGGCGAUCCGACUGCCGCCUUCGCCUUCGAGAGACGGUCAGUGCCCCCCUGGCUGCCCCGGCGCGGGCCUCGUCCCGCGCGCGAGGGAGUCGCGAAGGGGGAAGCCGAAGAGGCGCAUAACCAGGGCAACGCGGCGGUUCAGGAUUUGCUCUCCUCCGUCAACCUUCCCGUGGAUCUGAAAAAACUUCCUUUGCAUCUGCUUCCGCAGCUCUGCGGGGAGAUUCGCCAAGAGAUUUUGAGCGUCGUCUCACACACGGGCGGGCACCUCGCGUCCUCUCUUGGGAUGGUGGAGGUGAUCGUUGCGCUCCUACGCGUCCUCGACGUCCCCUCCGACCGCAUCGUCUACGACGUCUCGCAUCAGGCCUAUCCUCAUAAGAUUCUCACGGGGCGACGCCACCUGAUGGGGUCGCUGAGGCAACAGGGUGGCAUUUCGGGCUUCUGCAAGAGGGCGGAAUCCGUCUACGACGCCUUCGGUGCCGGCCACUCUUCGACGUCCAUAAGCAGCAUCCAGGGAAUGGCGGUCGCGCGCGAGCAUCUCGCCCGGUUCAACGGAAGGCGAGAGGACAAGCCGCUGCAUGUCGCUGUGAUAGGCGACGGCGGUCUGACGGGCGGAAUGGCGUACGAAGCUCUGAACGCUUGCGGCUAUUUGAAGUCGAAAAUCCUCGUUAUCCUCAAUGACAACCAGCAGGUCUCGCUGCCGACUGGCGUCGCGUCAGCAGGCGGCACGGCUCCGGCUAGUGCGGUCUCGCGGCACACGCAGGAGCUCCUGAAAGUGAGGGAUUUCUGGUCGCUCAAGAGCUUCUUCCGCAUGGGCAUGAACAGCACGUUCUUCUCUGAAACAUGGCGGCUGUCGUCGCUGCUGCAGCUUCUUGACCGGACGAAGGCCCCCGACGCGGGAGCCUCGCAGGCGCCUUCCGCACAGGACAGAGAAAAAGCGAGCGCCGGCCGAGGCGGCGACGCCGUCUUCGAUCUGGAGAGGCUGCGGCGAGGCGGCAAGACGAUAAAGGGCGACGGUGCAGAGGCAGGUGUGACAGCGGAAAGAGGAGAGUGUGGCGGACGAGAGAGAGAGAUAAAAGAGCAAGGGACCCUCGCCAGAGACCUGGAGGAGGACGACGAAGAAUCAGACCAGCCCAAGGCGCAUGUAGAAGCUUCGUUCUUUGAGGCCCUGGGGUUCGACUAUCUCGGACCGGUCGAUGGCCACGAUGUGGAGAACCUCGUCGCCGUUCUUUCAGCUAUAAAACAAACGGGGCUGAAAGGCCCGACGCUUUUGCAUGUGAAGACCGAGAAGGGUCACGGCUACCCGCCAGCUCUGGCUGCUGCCGACCGGCUCCACGGCGUCUCGGCGGGGUUCUCCGACCUCUUCCACAAGACCCCCGAGAAGCAGCAAGAGGCAGCCGCCCCGAAGUCGAGCGCGUCAGAGUCCCCGGCGAAAAAGAGUCCCUUCCUAACUUCCGUGGCGGCCCGCGCGCUCCUGCGCCUGGCUGAGGACGACCGCAACGUCGUGGGCAUCACCGCAGCCAUGCCGGGGGGCACGGGGCUCCACGUGCUUGGCGCGCGCUUUCCAGAGCGGAUGUUUGACGUGGGUAUUGCGGAGCAGCACGCCGUGACGUUUGCGGCGGGCAUGGCGGCGGAGGGCCUCAAACCCUUCUGCGCCAUCUACAGCACCUUCCUGCAGAGGGCCUACGACCAAAUCAUCCACGACGCCGCGCUGCAAAAGCUCCCCGUCAGGUUUUUGAUUGAUCGCGCCGGAUACGUGGGUCCUGACGGCAGCACGCACCAGGGCAGCUUUGAUCUCGCCUAUCUUGGCUGUGUCCCCAAUCUCGUCGUCAUGGCUCCCAGCGACGAACUCGAACUCAUCCACAUGAUGGAGACUGCUUACCGCUACGACGACGGGCCAUCCGCCAUUCGCUACGGCCGCGCUCCGGCGUACGGCAUGGAGACUCUGAACACGUAUCUUGGGCACGCGGGCGUGAAGGAGCUCCCUGAGCGGGGCGCGGCCCUGGAGAUCGGCAGAGGGCGAAUUGUGAGGGAAGCGCACCCUGCGGCCAAGCACAAAGUGGCGAUUCUCUCGCUUGGCACUCGUCUGCUUGAUGCAGUGCAUGCGGCCCUCCUGGUCGAGGAGGCGUGCUCGCCUGCGCACCCAAGACAGACUUCCUCAACGGCCGCGCAGGCCGCAGCCAAAGGGGACGCCAACUCGCCUCGGAAUCAGACAGAAGUAGGGGUUACGGUGGCGGACGCACGGUUCCUCGCGCCCCUUGACCGGAGGCUGCUGCGCACCCUGGCCAAAACGCACUCUGCGCUUCUGAUUGUCGAGGAGGGAGCCGUCGGCGGCUUCGGCGCCCAGGUCCUCAAGGCCCUCACCGACGACGGCCUUCUCGACUCGGCUGAACUGAAGGUUCGGUCGUUGACGAUGCCGCACAGCUUCAUGGAGGCGGGGACGCUUCAGCAGCAAUACGAGGAGGCCGGCCUCACGGCCAAGCACUUCGCUGGCGCGCUUCGCUCUCUCGUUCGCUCUGUGUCCUCCCCGGCGCCGUCUUUGCAGAGCUCUUCGUCUCCUGCCGCUUGA